AUGUUGAGAGGCUUGCCGCAAGGUAAAAUACAUGCUAGUUCAAAUCUUGAGCUAAGGCCAUUAUGGUUGAGAAGUAAUUCAAGGUCGAAGACUAGUGUUUACUCGAAUCGUAACUUGCUGGCAGUUCCAAUUCGUAUUAAACAAAAGUGUAAUGUCGAUAUCAUGGUGCAAAAGUUCCUUUCAGCAAAUUUUACUAUAAUUUUGUUCCAUUAUGAUGGCAAUGUGGAUGAAUGGUUGAAUCUUGGCUGGAGUAGCAAGGCCACACAUAUUGUUGCUCAGAAUCAAACAAAGUGGGAGAUUCUUUAA